CCGAUUACCUCUCCUCGGGAGAGAGGGAGGGAGAGACUUGGCGGCAGAAGGGGCGGGAGAGGUGAUGGUGUUCUUUUGGCUCACUGCCUUCUUCCUCGUCGUCAUCCUCAUCGCUCUCGUAAUCCACCAGCUCAUGUGCUUGGCAGACCUAGAAUUUGAUUAUAUCAAUCCAUAUGACGUAGCUUCCCGGAUAAAUAAGGUGAUAUAUCCAGAAUUUGCCUUGCAAGGAGUCUUGGGUCUACUCUUUCUCUUGUCUGGAAAUUGGUUGAUGUUCACGUUUUGUGUUCCAAUCAUUUACUACAAUGUGAGAUUGUACCAGCGGCAGCAACAUCUAGUAGAUGUGACUGAGAUCUUUAAUCACCUCAACAGAGAAAAGAAAAGGCGUCUUUUCAAGCUCAUCAAUCUUGUUAUUGUUCUCUUCUUGUGUUUGAUUUGGAUGAUUUAUAGCAUAUUGGAGGAGGCUGAAUAGUUCAUGAACUUCCAUGUCCUCAAUUCAUACUGCAUGCUGACAUAAAGGUCUACUUUAGUUUCUUUUUAUCCAUUGAUAAGUUAAACUUCUUGGUCUCCUGUUCCAAUCAUAAAAUUCAUCAGUGAUCUUCCAUAAGCUCUUGAAACUGGAAACAUCCAUCAGCUCUCAUCGAUCAGCUCUUGGUCUCUGAGCUCGUCUUCAGCAAAGCUGUCAUGCUACUCUAUCCAUGUAAAAAUGCAUCUUUCGGAUAGGCCAUUAAGUGAUGCACUUGUUUUUUUUUCCUUUGAUAACUGAAAUAUUCAUUGUUGCAUGAUUAACAUUGUCUUACAAAAUAGAAUUUCCGAUAAAUGAUUCCGAACUUUGCUGGCA